AAAAGGACAAUGUCCGAGACGAACAAUUUGAGGAGGAGGAGGUGGAAUGAGGGGUACAGGGAAUGAACAUCACAUCCACCAGACACCAAGAAUCCGCACAGAAUGGACACAGAGUGGACAAAGACAAGAUGCAGCUUGUGCAAUCAACAGUCACAUACUUGGGUCACACUCUGUCAGAAAAAGGGAAGUCUUUAAGUGCAAAGAGAAUUUCUGCUAUUGUACACAUUCCAAGACCAACCACAAAGAAGCAAUUACUUUCAUUUCUCGGUAUGACAGGAUACUGUAGAAUGUGGAUGCCACAUUAUGCUCAGGUGUCUUCACCGCUGCAUGAUAUGGCACACAAAAAGAAUUUAGUGGCUUCUUCUAAAGUCCAGUGGACUCCCGAAGGGGAGGAGUCGUUUGUAAAUCUAAAAAUAGCUCUACAAAACUCUCCUGUCCUGGCUUUGCCAAACCCUGAGAAACGGUUUGAACAAUUUGUGGACGAAAAACAAGGAUAUAUGACUUCUGUUCUGUUACAGGAACAUGGAAACAAACUGAGGCCUGUGGCUUAUUUUAGUGGUAAACUCGACACAGUGGCUCAAGGCUACCCAUAUUGUUUACGCGCUGUAGCAGCAGCUGAAAAGGCUAUCAUAUCUUCUAGAGAGAUAGUGGGUUAUGCUGACAUUACCCUUCAUGUUCCACACGCAGUAUCUAUGAUUCUGUUAGAAAAACAGACAUCUCAUCUUAGUGCAGCGAGAUGGCUGCGUUAUCACACACUUCUGACAGAAAUGCCAAAUGUGACAGUAAAACGAUGCACUGUACUGAACCCAGCUACUCUCCUUCCCACAGAACAGGAAGGAGAACCCCAUGACUGUCUGCACACAUUGGAUCUUGUCUGUUCACCUAGGCCUGAUUUAAAAGAUGUGCCCCUCGAUAAUGCUGAUUUAAUCCUGUAUGUUGAUGGAUCUAGCUACAAGGAUCCCAUGGGCGUGACUAAAACUGGUUUUGCUGUUGUCACUUUGACUGACUCUUUGAUUACAGGUAGCCUGCCUUCUUCUUACUCUGCACAAGCAGCUGAGCUUGUAGCUCUCACGGAGGCGUGUAAAUUUGCAGCAGGCCAUACCGUAACCAUUUACACAGACUCCAGGUACAGUUUUGGGGUUGUUCACAGCUUUGGGACAUUGUGGAAGCAAAGAAACUUCCUAACGUCAUCAGGUAAGGCGAUUGCACACCACACUCUUGUGUCAGCUCUUCUGGAUGCCGUUUUACUACCUAAACAAGUUGCAGUGGUACAUGUUCGUGCACACACAAACGGCUCGUCCCCUGAAGCACAGGGCAAUGCACGAGCUGAUGCAGCAGCAAAAAAAGCUGCUAGAGACCCGACUUACUUUUCAAUACAAGCAACAGUAAUUGAACCUCAGGACGUGACUGUUGAUGAGAUUCAACAGGCUAGAACAGCCAAGGAUGUAAAAGCCUGGCGUAGUUCGGGGUGUACGUUUAAUGGGAAGAUGUGGAAAGGCCCUGAUAACAAACCAUGUCUACCUUCCUAUUACUUUCCUUAUUUUGCGAAAAUGGCCCAUGGUGUGGACCAUUGUUCGAGGGGAGGGAUGGUAGAUGCAGUUAAACAACAGUGGUUUGUUAAAGGCUUCUCAAAUUACUCACAAACUUUUUCAAAAAAGUGUUUAACCUGCCUGAAGGUAAAUUCAGCAGGUGCAGUUCAAAAAACCCACACACACGGACAUCCAGAACCUGAUAUGCCAUUUGAUCACUUACAAAUGGAUUUCAUUGAAUUGACACCAUGUCAGAAAAAGAAGUAUGUGCUUGUGAUCGUUGACAUGUUCUCCAAAUGGGUGGAAGCGUACCCAACAACUCAUCAGGACACACUAACGGUAGCAAAAAUCCUGAUGAGAGAGAUUAUUCCUAGAUUUGGUAUUCCUAGGAAAAUAUCCUCGGACAAUGGACCCUCCUUUGUGGGAAAAAUCCUGACACACAUUAGUGAUGUGAUUGGCAUGCCAUUGCACAAACACUGCGCCUAUCAUCCACAGAGCGCAGGUUUGGUAGAGAGAACAAAUGGCACAAUUAAACAAAAAUUGAUGAAGGUCUGUCAGGAGACAGGGUUAAAUUGGGUUGAGGCCCUUCCAUUAGUCUGUAUGAGUUUGAGACAGAGAGUGUCAUCAAGAACAAAACUCUCGCCGUUUGAAAUAAUGUUCGGACGGCCACCAAACACGGGAUGUGCUCCCAAAAGGGACACAUUAGCCCUAGAAGACGAUCACAUGCAAAGAUAUUGUGCAACGCUGUGUUCUGUGUUGUCUGAUGUGCACAGGAGGGUGAAGGAGUCUUUACCUAGUCCGGCAGUGACGGGACACACUGUACAACCAGGAGACUGGAUCCUGACUAAGGUCUACAAGAGGGCUAACUGGAAAGCUGAUCGCUGGCAAGGACCAUUCCAGGUGUUGUUGGUUACUCACACUGCAGUAAAGAUUGCUGAGAGGGACACCUGGAUCCACAUCUCACAUUGCAAAAAGGCUCCUACUCCAGAGUAACCUCACAUUUCACCAUGAUGAAGGAAACGGGCAACUGUUUCAAACUCUGUAAGGGACUUGCAUUUGCAGUCGCUUUCAUCAUGAUGGCUGCAUCUAUCUGGACAGCGGUAUGGAUCUGCACACAAGAAAAGCCAGAGAUAAACACUGGACUUAGAGAUCCAAAGACUAACAUAUUUUGGCAAUAUGCCAACUUCAGAGUGAGGGAGAACUCCACCUGGAUGGGAAAAGAUCACGUUAAAGGAAUUUGGUGAUAUGGAAGUACAACAAACAAAUAAUUCAAUACGGUGAAACCUAAGGUGAAAAUAGUAUACAGAGUAAAUGAAGUCAUUGCAGAAAGUGAUAAACAUGUAAUGAUGGAUGUACUUCUCUGUGUUCUGUAUUCAUGUGAAUUUUUCCUAUUUUACGUUUGUUUCUAAUGUGUUUGUUUAUCCUAUGUAGUAUUCGGUGGAGUACCUUAAGUGGUCGCAUAGGCAGAUGGACCGUGAGAGAAUUUUCCCUUCUAGUUGGUAAAAGAACGUAUCUUUUGAAAGUUUUUGACUGCCAGUUGGGUUUUUCGCUCUGACACUCCACCAUUAUGCUAAUCUCAUUUAUUUACCUGAUUAUAUUUUUUAUUUUUUACUUAUUUUUUAUUUUAUUUUUUUAUUUUUAUUCUUUUUUCCUCAGAAUGUAGAAGGUUUCGAGUGUCCAAGUGACAUGGGGAGGAGUUGUCGUGGAAGAAAAAAUUAAGUUGUUUGUCACUGAAACUCGAACCUUGAAUAAGUUUGUUUAUACUGUUUAAGCUACUGAAUAUGUGAAAUGAACACGAUGUACUAGAACAGAAUAUUCCACUUCUGUUUGAUAGCAAGUUAACAGUUUAACAACAUCAUUGCUCUUAUCUAUAUGGGUUGAACCUCUAUCUAUAAAAAGCAUUACAAAGAAUGAAAAUUUGUCCUUCAGCCUGCAUACGCUUUGCUGACUGUUUGGAUCCUCUGCAGAGAAUAAACUAUCAUCUUCUUACUAACUUCA